AUGGAGUACGUCAGCCCCGAGGGCCUGCGCCUCGAUGGCCGCAGGCCCCGGGAGCUGCGACGGAUCAACUGCCAGCUUGAUGUACUCUCCAGCGCCGACGGGUCCGCAAUCUUCGAGAUGGGCAACACAAAGGUGCUGGCGGCUGUGUUUGGUCCCCACGCGGUUACGAAGCGGGCGGACCUCCGCGAGGACGCGGCGAUCGUGGUGUGCGAGUAUUCCAUGGCGGCUUUCAGCACCGGCGAGCGGCGGCGACGGGGCAAGGGUGACCGACGAUCCACCGAGCUCAGCAUGGUAAUUCGCAACACCCUGGAGCAAGCCAUCCUCAGGGAGCUUAUGCCUAGAUCACAAAUCGACGUGUACGUCCAGGUUCUUCAAGCCGAUGGCGGCACGCGCUGCGCCGCCAUCAAUGCCGCCGUACUGGCACUGGCUGCGGCUGGUGUGCCGCUACGUGACUUGGUUGCCUCUUGUGCGGCCGGCUACCUUGACGGCACCCCCCUGCUGGACCUGAACUUCACUGAGGACAGCGGCGGGGGCCCUGACCUGGCUGUGGCUCUGGCUCCCCGGGAGGGCCUGCUGGUGCUGGUGCAGAUGGACAACAGGCUGCCCGUAGACACAUUUCAGGCGGUUCUGGAUCUUGCGCGUGAUGGGUGCCGUACCAUCAGCGGCGUCAUGCGGGCCGCUCUUCUGGAGCACACGAAGCGCCUGGCGGUGGCUAGGGGGAUGGCGGGCGGCAUGUGA